CGGUUUCUCUCUCUCUCUCUCUCUCUCUCUCUCCCCCUACGACGCAGAAAUGACGAAGCUCAGGAAGCUCGGCCGGCCAACGGGCCACCGUACGUCCAUGCUUAGGACUAUGGCCUCCCAGUUGGUGAAGCACGAGCGUAUUGAGACCACCGUCGCUAAGGCGAAAGAGGUUCGUCGUCUUGCUGAUAAUAUGGUUCAACUCGGCAAAGAGGGCACUCUCGCUGCUGCAAGGAGGGCUGCGGGUUUUGUGCGGGGAGACGAUGUUCUUCACAAACUUUUCACAGAACUGGCUUAUCGAUACAAAGACAGAGCUGGUGGAUAUACAAGAGUGCUUAGGACUCGUAUAAGAGUUGGCGAUGCUGCAUCGAUGGCCUAUAUCGAGUUUAUCGACAGAGAGAACGAGCUUAGGCAAUCAAAACCAGCAACACCUCAACCACCACCGCGAGUGCCUAUGGAUCCAUGGGCGAGAUCCCAUUUCACCUGUCAGUUCGCACCACCUAAGGAGGAGAAGAGCUUGGAUUCCUCGGAUUCUGAACUGUAAUGGUGAUGGAGAAAGCUCUCUGUUACUGUAAGUCACCAAAGAUUACUUUGUUCUUUUGCCUUAAAACCUUCUAUCCGCUGUUUCCUGUCUGUUGCAAUGUCUUAUAC